UGAAGAAUUAAUCUAAUUCCUUGAUCAAGUUCCUUCUUCAUCAUCUUCUACAACAAUGGAGCUUCAACGAAUCAGGGCCCUCUCAAUUCUCCUCGUUCUUGCUACCAUCGUCUCUUCCGCCGCCUCAGCUCGACUUCUCGACCAGACCGACAUACUUCCCGGCGGUUCCGCCAUUCCCGGAGGCGGCACCUCCGCCACAGCUCCAGCUGUAGUCCCCGCCGCCGCCGCAGCAACCGCCGCCGCACCUGAUGAAAUCAACCCCGCCACCGCCACAGCCCCUGCCGUUGUUGCUGCUCCCGCCGCCGCAACCAACACCGCACCUGACGAAAACGACCCCGCCACAGCUCCCGCCGUCGUUCCCGGCGCCCCCGGCGCCACCGCCACGGGUCCUGCUGCCGGAGCUGCAAUCGGAGCAGCAGCCGGAGGCAAUCCAGCAAUUCCGGCAGGCGGCGUCGGCGGCGGCGGCGGCGGCGACCACCCGCUGACAUUCUUCAUGCACGACAUUCUCGGCGGGUCCCGGCCGUCGGCGAUCGCCGUGACCGGAAUCGUCUCGAACCCUGCCGGAAACGGGCAAGUCCCAUUCGCGAAACUCCAGGGCGCCGUCCUGAACGUGAACAGCGGCGUUCCGACGAACAACGCAAACGGCGGAAUCAUCGACAACAACAACAUCCCGUUCCUGACGGGGCUGGGCGGGUUUCCGGCGAACGUCGGCCGGACCAACAACAACGGGAACAACAUAAUCGGCGGGGUCCCGGGCUUCCCGGUCCUGAACGCGGACCAGUUCCCGUCCGGGACCACGCUCCAGAAGCUGAUGUUCGGGACCAUGUUCGUGUUCGACGACGAGGUUACGGAGGGCCACGAUUUGGGCUCGGGCCUCGUGGGCCGGGCCCAGGGGUUCUACAUCGCGAGCUCGGAGGACGGUAACAGCCAGACGAUGGCGUUCACCGUCAUGUUCAAGAGCGGCGCGUACGCCGACAGCCUGAGCUUCUUCGGGAUCCACCGGACCGCCGUGGCGGAGUCGCACCUCGCCGUCAUGGGCGGCACCGGAAAGUUCGUCAACGCCAAGGGAUUCGCCAUGGUCAAGACGCUGCCCGUCGGAAUCAAUCAACACGUGACCGACGGCACGGAAACCAUUCUCGAAAUCGUCGUUUAUCUUGCUUAUUAAUUUUAUUUUAAUUUCUUAUAUAUAUAUAUAUAUGUGUAUGGUCUGUUUGGUUUUUUUUUUUUUUUUGAAAAAAAAAAAAUGGGAUCUCAAUCUUGUGUUGUAAUUUGUAUUGUAUAAUUUGAAUUGUAUUGUAUUUGUGACUGUUACUGAAUUAU